CAUUGCGCUCCUGCUGUUGCUGCUGCUAAUCCGGGCGGAGAGCACAACACCACCGCCGCCGCCGAGGAAGCCGGAGCCCAGACGGAGGCCCCAUGAAGCCGGCCAAGCCCCUCCAGCCCCUCCUGGGGCUCGCCUUCGUCGCCUCUCUCCUGGCCGGGGUCAAGAGUGAUUCCUGUGUUGUGAAUCAAUGUCUGAAUGGCGGGACCUGCCUCACCGGUAUCGACGACUCUCCUUUCUUCUGCAUCUGUGCAGAAGGAUUCAGUGGGAUCACUUGCAACGAGACUGAGAAAGGCCCCUGCCACCCCAAUCCUUGCCAGAAUGGAGGAGUUUGUGAGCUGGUUCCCAACCGAGGGGAUGUCUUCACGGAAUAUACCUGCAAGUGCCCCGAAGGCUAUGAUGGCAAACUUUGCCAGAAGAAUAUGAACGAAUGUGCAUCGCAGCCCUGUAAGAAUGGAGGCAUCUGCCUGGAUCUAAGUGGCGACUAUGCCUGCAAAUGUACUUCGCCCUACCUUGGGAAGACCUGCCAUAUCCGCUGCGGAGACAUCCUGGGAAUGGAGACGGGAGCCAUCGCCAACUCCCAGCUCACGUCGUCUUCGGUGCAUUUUGGUUUCCUUGGCCUCCAGCGCUGGGGUCCGGAGCUGGCUCGCCUCAACAACAAAGGGAUUGUGAAUGCCUGGACCUCCAGCAACUAUGACCGCAGCCCUUGGAUUCAGGCAAACCUGCUGAGGAAAAUGAGGUUGUCUGGGAUUGCCACGCAAGGGGCGCGCCGUGCAGGCCGAGCAGAGUAUGUCCGGGCUUAUAAAGUGGCCUACAGCCAGGACGGGCGCGAGUUCGUCUUCUGCAAGGAUGAAGAGCAGGAUCAGGAUAAGGUUUUCUCAGGCAAUGUGGACAACGAUGGUACCGUGACCAAUAUGUUCAAUCCUCCCAUCACUGCUCAGUACAUCCGGAUCUACCCUGUGGUCUGUCGGAGAGCCUGCACAGUGCGCUUUGAGCUGAUUGGCUGUGAAAUGAAUGUGUAUUUCAACAUGGCAGGUUGCUCGGAGCCGCUGGGCAUGAAAUCCCGCCUCAUCUCUGACCAGCAGAUCACGGCGUCCAGUGUGUACAAGACGUGGGGCAUCGAUGCGUUCACUUGGUAUCCGCACUAUGCGCGCCUCGACAAGACGGGAAAGAGCAAUGCCUGGGCAGCCCUCCACAACAAGCAGGGUGAAUGGCUACAGAUUGAUCUUGAGACUCAGAAAAAAGUGGCUGGGAUUGUCACGCAGGGAGCUCGUGAUUUUGGCCACAUUCAGUAUGUCGCUGCCUACAAAGUCGCUUACAGCGAUGACGGGAAGUACUGGACGCUUUACAAAGACAGCAAGACAAACGGCACUAAGAUAUUCGAAGGGAAUUCCGACAAUUAUUCUCACAAGAAGAACGUUUUCGACGUGCCCUUCUAUGCCCGCUUUGUCCGCAUCUUGCCCGAAUCCUGGCACAACCGCAUCACAUUGCGCGUGGAGCUUCUGGGCUGCGACGAGUAGCAGUCCCGUCGCCAAAGGACUCGAGGACUGGACUAGUUUCCUUGCCCUUUUUGACCGUUUUCCUGCCCUGGAGUCAUGGCGCUUGCUGCCCUUACGUCCCUCCUCUCUGUUUUAGCCCAGUUUGUCAGAAUCCUGCACCUUGUGAUGGUUGGGGAUUGGGAGGGGAGGCAACGUGCUGCCCGACGUCGUAGAUGGAGCCGGCCUCUGUGUGAAUAGGGUACUUCUUUCCUUGUCUUCCCCCCUCGUUGUUGUUUCUCCCCUUUGCUUUCAGAGAACUGCAUUACCACGCGCCCUUCCAUUUCCCACGGGUCCUUAGCACUGCACUUUAAGAGCCAAUGCACAUGGCGGAGCCCUUGCUUUUGCGGACCUUAUUCCAUCUGCCGAGAUAUAGUGAUACGGUCUCCCUUAAUGCAAUAACACGCUGCAAACUUAAGCUAGCUUCACCAUCCUUCUUCUUCCCUGCGGUCCAGAGGGACCAUGGGUUGGGAAUAGGAGAGUCUAAGGGCCCGUCCAGACAGUACCUUUAUCCCGGGAGCUUCCACAGCAAAUAGGAGGGUGAGCAGAUGCCGUUCCUUGUAAACACAGAAGCAGUUGGUUCUUGUGGCUUUUUUCGGGCUAUAUGGCCAUGUUCUAGAGGCAUUUUCUCCUGAAUAUAUAAGAUAUAUAAACCCAUUUUCCUAUUCCAACAGACCUCACUACCUCUGAGGAUGCUUGCCAUAGAUACGGGCGAAACGUCAGGAGAAAAUGCCUCUAGAACAUGGCCAUAUAGCCCGAAAAAAGGCACAAGAACCUAGUGAUUCCAGCCAUGAAAGCCUUCGACAAUACACAGAAGCAGUUGCUACAAAAGGCAAAAAUCCUGGAAAUCAUGGGAUUUUUUAAAUCUGGGUUUGUUUCCGGAUUUUAGAUGUUUGUUCCUGAUUGGUUGAUUCCUAAAAGGAAAGUGACACUUGAGUAAAAGCAAGAUUUAUAGGGGCAGGAAUAUUGCAGUUUUGCACCAAAUAUGCGGAUCUUCACAUAUCUGUAUGUCCCUGCAUUCGGAAAUCACGGGAUUUUUUAAAUCUGGGUUUGUUUCCGGGUUUUAGAUCUUUGUUCCUGAUUGGUUGGUUCCUAAAAAGAAAGUGACACUUGAGUAAAAGCAA